CAUCAGUGUGCCAGCCUUGUCCGACAUCGGUGGGUCCUCCAUUCCGAAGAUUGGAGAUAGACUCAGCGAGUGCUCGCUUCGGGGUUUGGCCAAAAUCAAUGAGCAGCUUGAAGACGAGAACGCGGAAUCGCUAUCACCUGACAAGCACGACUCAGAGGAGCGGGACGAAGAUCGAGAAGUACUUGUUCGAAUAAGAGGCCAUUUUUGAAUAGAUUUUACCAUGCUGGUGCUGCACGACUGGCUCGUUGGAAUGUUGUAAUAUUCGAGUAUUAAAAAUAUUGAUGUUCACGUUGAGGGUGUAGUUGCGGCGGCGUAGUAAAAAAUUAGCCGAGAUGUAGUGCUUCUUAUCUUACUCAUGCUGUUACAAGUUUCGCUUUCGUUCCAAAAUCAGGAUACCCUUCCGAACGUCGGCUUCGCAACGACAGUUGUGCAGAGUUCUUUCGCGGAAGGGGAUGACUCGCUGAGCGGGACGUCGAAGACUGGCGAAGCUUCGCCUCUCUGUGCUUCCAUGACUAGUAGCUGUGCCACAACUGUGGUCUUGGCUGCAGAUUCGGCGGUCGAAGGAGUAGUGCAUUCUGGUAGCCCACCUGGCUUGCGCUCCCUUCUGGGCACCUCCACGUCACCACCGGCACCGCUUCGAUUAAGGGUUACCGAAUUACAUCCCGCACUACCCUUCUUGGCUCUUUAUUUCCUACCCGAAGAAAUGAAGCCAGGGAUGUCCCGAAGAGGAGUGUGUUGAUCGUAAUGCUGCACCCUCUAACUCAGCGGGCCGUGACGUUAGGCACCGCGGCCGGGCCAAUGCAUGUGACUGUGGCGAAAAACUUCAUGAAUUCUGGUGAUAUUCAGGACUCUAGCACAUCCCCGCGCCAACCGCAGGCGAGUGUCUUAGGACCAGAUGGAGCUGAGCCGCACCCGGGUGGACCGCAUACGUACGGAGCAGGUUUUCCCCACGACCGAGGGGGCGUGCCACGGUAUGCCUACCCAACGGCACCCGAGCACGUCCAUGCUAGUGGUGUCGCAACCAUCGGCGGACCUGGAGGUGGACUCUACUAUGGUGGCCCUCGUCCACAUCCGAUAGGCAGGUCACACUCGGUGGCACACUUCCGACCACCUCAAAAACUCUUGGCCACCAAAUCAAAGUCACGUCGUAAGUCACGGCAUUUGCGUCGAUUGCUCUCGCUGCGAGACGACUAUGUUAAGGAUUUAGUUGUUGAUCACUAUCUGGUUCUGGUGUGGACUAUGCCGAACAGUGGGCUUACCUUAAAAGUUAUAAGGGGAUGUUGUCAUGUGAGAGAAUACGGGGAAUCGAUCCAGAUCCACUGCCACGCCACAACGGAUAGUGAUUGCCUGGCGUUAACUCAGCAGGCAAGUUCAUCUUCGCGGGUCUUGACCGUUGCGAUGCUCUGGCGGGAGUGAUGCUGAAGAUCCGCAUGUUUCAUGGUUUUCUGGCAGACUAUCCAAGAUAUCAAAACAAUUAAGGCGCACACGAUUUUGAAUGAGUGUAAGAAGGAUUACUAAAACGGCAAGAAACAAAGAAGUGGAAGGACGAGCAUAAUUGUGCAUUUUAGAUUCACCACGCUCGAUGGUCGUUCAGGAGCAAGCUCGUCUACUCUUUUCCAAUAUAAUGAUGGAGUAUCAACAGGAGCUCUAUCGAGGACAAAACACAGUCAAAAUUUUAACGUCUAAGACCGAGUUCUCCUAGUCCAGUGUGUGUACCCCAGUACGACCAGUAUGCUUCCGGCAGACGGACGGAACAAACUCGUGGAAGCACUUCAGGGCUUGGUAACUGAAGUAAAUGACGCCUUUGGAGAGCACAUUCUACUGAUCACAGAUGAGGUCGAACGGGACGAAAAAUUGGCCUUGUUCCGCAGCGCCGAUGUUUUGGUGGACACCCAGGUCCGAGACGGUCUCAAUCUCGGCCCUUUCGAGUUUUUGGCUUGCCAUCAGGACACUAGACGGGUAUUCACCGUGAUUUUGUCGAUGGUUCUUCGUUUUAGUUGUUGAUGAGAACUCGUCGUUUUUCCCUCUCUCUCUCUUUGUCAAUGGAAAGAUAACAUAGAAUAAACCUACUAGUACCAUCCUGAAAAUAGGCAUCGUUGAUUCUUUCGGAGUUUACGGGUUGCUCGCGUGUUUUGCAGGGCGCUAUCCAAGUGAAUCCUUGGAAUACGCAGCAGGUGCAAGCUGCUUGUGAUCGAUGUUGUAGGAUGGCAAUCGCAGAGCGCGUCGAAAGGUAGCGCAUGUGGAUUUUUUUAAGCUUGCUUCAGUAUUAAUACAGCAAACCAGCCUUUUAGAUAGUCUCCGUCUCAAUUUUUCAACACGAUCAUGAUCUGCAAUUAUUGUCAAACCAAGAUCGCUACACUACAACCUUUUUUGUUUUAUACACUCUAGACGCUGCCAAGGCCUACGCCUACAACCUUUUUUAUUUACUCUAGAAGAUCAAGUAGUAGUACACCUGCAGCUACAACAUGCAUGCAUAGUUGUCUAGUGAAUACAUAGCAAUAGUAUCUUCGUCCGUUUAGUGGACGAGGAGGCAGUAAGAAGGGCAACUCCACCAAUUUUAGGUACACGAUCGAUAUGGAUUAUUGCAAGAACCAUUCUCUUUUGAAGUGGGCUUUAGGGUUUUUGCAAGAUUUACGGAGUGCCAGGAAAAAAGACGAGUACAGCUAUAUCUGCUACGGAUUCGGUGCGAAUUACAGACUGAUGUCCCUAGACGCACAGUUUAGAAAAUUGGAGACCGAUGACGUGAUCCAGUCCUACCGAACCAGCCGGACGAGCCGCGUCUUCUUUUUGGAUAAUGUUAUGCUACAACGAGAAGGCCUAGGAAGAGUUCAAUAUUUUAGAACGUUGAUUUGAUAGAUGUUGGAGUUCGUGGCAUUUGCAUGAACCAAUUGAAGAAGCGUUUCGUCCUGUAAGACUCACUUGUGCCCACAACAUAGGAACUUGCUUGAAGUUUAUUUUGCAUCCGUCCUCUUUUUGCAAAGGUCCUCUGAAGCAAGCUAGUUCCCCUUCUCCUUUGAAGUUGUUAGUUCUCCUCUCUUUCAUGCCCAAAGGCACCUUGGCAGCGGAUCUGCGACAUUUGUACUCGCGUCGGGGCGCCGCACCGACGAAUAGCGAGGAGUUGAACUCGAAAGGUGCACCGCCCAGGGAGAGUGUCCUCCAAUGCCUUAGAGAAUUAUCAAGGGAUCCGAAGAACAUUGUCGUGGUCAUCAGUGGGAGAAGUAAGACGCAAAUGCAAGAUUGGUUUGCGUCUGUGCCUAAUAUCGGUCUCGCUGCUGAACAUGGCUGGUGCUACAGGUUGCCGAGCAUUUCGGGGGACGACUGGUAGUACUUACUACCUGCAUAGUAAUAUUGUAGUAAGUACUUGCAUAGUAAUAUUUGUAAUUCGCUUGGGUGUAGUAAGUACUUGCAUAGUAAUAUUAAUUUGUAAUUCGCUUGGGUGUAGUAAGUACUUGCAUAGUAAUAUUUGUAAUUCGCUUGGGUGUAGUAAGUACUUGCAUAGUAAUAUUAAUUUGUAAUUCGCUUGGGUAGAAGAUGGACAUGGAGUAGAAGAAAUAGUUAGUACAAGAACUCCCUAAGCUGGUCAAUAGAUUUUUUGUUCAACAUUUGAAUUGAAAAUUUGUUUACAAGGCCAAUGCGAUUGUUUACAAGGCAAGGGCAACCUAAUCAAAGGCUUUGAUUAGGUUGCCCUUGCCUUUGGUCCUCAAGAAGAAAACUUCACGAUAUCUUCAGGUAUGUUACGUCACAGGGGGUGGAAAACGGCAAGGACAGUACAUGGAAGAAAAUAGUUUUCGAGCUUUUAAAGCACUAUGUGCAUCGCACGCAAGGCAGUUACAUCGAGAACAAGGGCUCAGUUAAGGGUUGUUGGGACAUUCUCCAUUAUUUAGAAGCCUUCUUCAUCUUUGUUUACUCGUGAUAUUUAACUUAUUACAAGAAAAGAUGUUGCUUAUAAGACGUAAAGAUAAAGAACGAAGGCUUGUAGAAAUGAAUUGAAAUUGUCUCAGCCUCUUCUAACUCAGCAUUAGUAUGGACGUAUCGCGACUCCGAUCCUGAAUUCGGGAGAUGGCAAGCGAAGGAGCUGUCCCAGCAUUUGCGUGAGUUCAUGUUUGCCUUCCCAGUCGAGAUCGUAGAAGGGAAAGGCUACCUAGAAGUCAAACUUGCGGGAGUGAACAAGGGAUCGGCAGUGUCGAAGAUUCUGUCAAAUUAUGGCGAUUCUUUCUCAGAAAGCGGGCAAGAGAUGACAACAGUCAAGGAUAGAAGGUCGAUCUUGAUGUGAUUUUGUAUCUACUACAGGUAGUACGUCGAAGAUAUGUUUUUGUUUCUACGUUGGUAGGUAGUUAGGGGGUUAUGAACACUAUCAAGUACUGGGGACACUAUCAAGCACUGGGGACACGAUGAGGUACUGGGGACACGAUGAGGUACUGCGGACACUAUCAAGUAUUGGGGGCACGAUGAGGUACUGUGGACCCACACGAUGAAGAACGUUCGUCUACGCCAACGAAAGGGAAACAAAGGGAUCUUCUUCUCCUUCUAAUCUCAGAUUUCGAAGAUUCGGGGAGAGCCGGAUUUCAUCCUUUGUAUAGGCGACGACCGCUCGGACGAAGACAUGUUUCAGGUUAUAAAUGCUUAAGGCUGUAGAUAAUGCUUUCAUCUUUGAGAGGGGGCUCAAUGUGAAGGAUCCAUAACCUAACCUAACCUAAGACCUGGGGCGGCCAUACAGUCUCUACGGUGGUCUCGAGUGGCCGUAUAAUGAGAAGGACACACUUGACAUCGUCCUUGUGCUGAAAGUGAUCAUGCACAGUUCUAAAAUGCAAUGCGGGAUGAGCGCGCAGGUCCAGACAGCUGCAGUACGACCGAUGAGACGGCUUCGGAUAGUAGUACCUGGCGUCAGCAACGAUCUAGCUCCAUUAUUGGCGGCCUCUGUAAUCUCGGAAGUGACCAGAUGAACGGUGCUGGCAAGCGAACGGGUAUAUCAUUUCUGAAGUACUAAGUGCCUGCCGAACCCCAAGCACCGUGACAUUGUGAUUUUGGUGUACAGAUAAGAUAAAUUGAUGCAUGGAAAAAGUAACAAAAAAUGAUCAACGGGCGAUUAUAUCCUCUACUACAAUCGAACACCAGCUUAUUUUUCGUGCACCGUGGGUCAAAAACCGUCCAAAGCGAAGUACUUUUUGCAUGACGUGGAUGAGGUGAGCGAUCUGAUAGAUCAGUUGCGGUGUUGCGUGCAAUGGAGCCUGCAAAGAGAUGGCGAUGAGCUGAGGGCUGCCAAAGGACUCGCCAAUCUGCGCUUCGGGGAGCCUGUUGCAAGGAGCGCAACCUCACGAUCUGGAGCCUCGGUUGUUAAGGCCGCUUACUUGCUUGAUACGUUUCUUUUCUUUGAAAACAUUCAUAUACUUUUUUGAUUCAUCAUGAUAUUGUAGUACUAGUUCUUCUAGAGGCAAAAAUUGGAACCACAUCAGGGUGCUAAACCGGUAAAGUUGGUGGUACAACUUGAACUUAUUAUAUUUCGAAAAUGAUGACUCACAGGAAGACGAGUUCGUCCUCUAAAGCACUUUGUUCCGGAGGUGGACUUACUUCUGAGGGUACUUCUUCUACACGACCGUCUUCUACGUUGACAAGCAAGAGCACCAGCAAGCUGAGUGGAAGUAGCGGUGGUGAUGUACCUGCAGGAAGCAAUAGCAAAAAGUUAGUAAGUAGUAAAAGACCACCAGAAGUAGAUGUCGAAGAAGUUGUGAUACGACAAGGAGACGGGUACGACACCAGAGAUGAUUCUACUUCUACUUCUUCCGAUGAAGAUGAUGGAAAGGAUAUUAAUUACGGCAGUACUCGAGGAGAUGAACAACAACAACGUGGAGACAAAUCCCAUUUUUAUGGUUUGCCACAUUGCAAUCUGCGCUAUCAUUCUUGGCCGUUUUUCAAUGGGGAACGAAACAAGUCAAGGAUGGUCUGAAGAAUGCAAUGUCGCAACCUCUAGCAUUUGCCGAACGCGUAUCGCGGACGGGUGUCCUCUGGGUCUAGUACAAGAGGCACCACUAGAAGAAGAACUCGCCAAGAUGAGAAGAUAGACACUUGUUCCCGAAACGUGGAGUCUCGGAAUCAUGGAACAAAUCUCCGAAGCACACGCAAUUCGUCGGGAGAACAGCGAGGACCAUGUGCGCGCGUGCAUCCUGCUGCUCAACAUCGUUAUGAAGAAUCUGACGAAGAGCAGGACGAUGACUUUUGCCGCGACGACGGGACUGCGAGGUCACCACCAGGACACGACGCUGAGCAGCAUUUUUCAGAAGAGCAUUCGGAGCACGGUGGAGGUGUCACGGAGAUCAGGCAAGACAUGCACUCUUCCAGCGAUGAAGAUUCCUUUUCUCCAGCAAGUAGAGGUGGUAACUAUGGUUAAGGCUCCAUACAUUUCACUCCUAAAAGUCACUUGCAUUUCUCAUUCGUGCCAGUACCUUGUUCAGCUUCGAGAGCGGCGGUCAUCUCUUGGUCCUCGACAUCUUCUUUUUCUACAACAUCUUUAUAAAUAUUUUAAGUGGAUGCUUCCGGUCUUUGGUAUAGCCUGAGUUUGAUCAUAAGGGAAAACAAGAAGAGAACCCUUAGAUGAUCCAAUUCAGGCUAUACCAAAGACCGGGGCCAUCCAUUAAAUUUUAGGGUUGGGAGAACAGAUGUUGCAGGCAAAAAGUGAAAUGUUUUGCGCUCUAAUAUGGGGAAAAUCAUGGGAAGCCUCUGUCUCCCCGUAACUCUCUUCCACCGCCGAAGUACACCCGCCAGAGUGCGUCGUCGUCUUGUAGCACCGCGCUCACUCCCGACCAGCGGGAGACAGUGGUAGUAGACUCGAACUGAGGAAUCGACUCCAUCAACAAGGGAAACGGAGUACAACUCAGAAGCAUGAUAGGCGAUUCACGUGGAAAAGUAGUCAUAGGAGUAGGUGAGGCCGAGCCUGAGGCGCUAGUGCUUCCAAAUAUCAUGCAUGCUCCCGAAUAGUACGAUGGUUUCAGUUUUUGAGCUUUUGAUGCAACUCGAUAGGAACCUCCUAUGUAUAUUUACUAAGUAAAUUUUUAUUGUUAAGCGUAGAGAAAGUUAGAACGAGAUGCAGAGGGUAAAAGCACUAUUGGUUUUUCAACGUCUAAGAAAUAUGCUCAAUAGAACAACAGGAGCUUGUUGUUCAUGUGUAUAAUUUCGUAAAUGUCCCCUUUAUUUUCUUGUAUAAAUUCUCAGUCUGUCUUGAGUUCCCCUAGGGUUUGGUCUCAAAGCUGAUUUGGCAAGUCAGAUUGGAGACACAUGACAUGAUGUUACUGUUUUCGUCAAUUGGCCGUAUUUACUAACUAUAUGAUCACUGUGCGUUAUUGAGUGCUUACUUGUUUCUACUUGUAGUUUUUCAAAACUUUCUGACUAGUUCGGGUCAACAGACGGCACGCCGCCACAUGGCUCAAGAAUGCUGACGUCGUGUAUUCCCAUCAUCUUCGGAUUCGAACAGGUGCCGGCGGAGCUCGAUGUGAAGGAUCCAUAAUCUUACCUAACCUGCCUGCACCUCUGAGGUAGUGUCACUUCGUUCUAAUGAGCAGCCGGUGCGAAGCUUCAUAGACGACGUGUCGUAGUGUCACUUCGUUCUAAUGAGCAACCGGCGCAAAGC